AGAGUUAUCUCCCCUGUAAUAAUUACCACUACAACAACAAACUAGAACAUGUUUGCCUGACAGCCUAGCUGUCCAGUCUUGUAUAAGUAAGUCAUAUUCGCCAGGAAUGAGGCACGAGUAGACCUUUACAGUACUUUGUUUUGUAUCUGAUACAAUGCCAGGUGGAACGACGACUUGCAGUUGACAAUCAAGCGUACUGUAGUUCCUCAUUCGUACAAUGCUAUAUUUAGUAUCGCGUGUGGGAUAUAUAUGUCGUAUGACAACAUGGGCAGAACUUACAUUUAUCGAGAACAACAAAACAGAAUCAAGUCGACACAGCUCUGCGAAACAGUUUACGGAUUUCUAUCUACACAUCUGAUGAGGCACUUGGCCAUAAUUUGGAGUGACAAUUAAGGCAGACACCAUGGACACAGAUGAAAUGGGAGCCCAUCAUUCGGCAGCAGACGGCCACCACAUUACAGUGCAGCCGAAGUUGUCCCACAAACCUAUUUUGGCCUGGAAGAAGCUGAAAGGGAAACAGAAGGUGGAGAAAGUGACACCCCUCGACCCCAACAGCCCAGUGCCGACAGACUGUGUGAGGUUUGUGUGCAUCUCGGACACCCACAACACAGUGGAGCAUGUCCCAGACAUUAUACCACAGGGAGAUGUUCUGCUACAUGCAGGGGACUUCACAAAGAUUGGGACGCCCGCUGAGAUUGACAAGUUCAAUCACUUCCUGGGAACUCUACCGCAUAAGGUGAAAGUGGUUAUAGCAGGAAACCAUGACAUGACCCUAGAUGAAAACUCAGUCCAGAAUAGAAGGGAUGAUCUCCUUGAAAAGUUCAACAUUACCAACUCAAAAUUUGAGAAAUAUAACGAGGACCACAAAGUGGAUUCGUCUAAGGAGCUACUGACAAAUUGUGUUUACCUAGAAGACAGCAGUGUAGACAUUUGUGGAAUCAAGAUAUACGGAGCUCCAUGGGUUCCUGAGUUUUGUUUCAUGGGAUUUAACAUUGCUCGGGGGCAACCAAUCCUUGACAAGUGGAACUUGAUCCCCUCGGACACAGACAUCCUCAUCACACACGGCCCCCCUCUAGGUCGGGGUGACCUUUGUUUCACCCAGCAGAGAGCGGGAUGCUUGGAGUUGUUGAACACCAUCCAACAGCGAGUGAAACCCAAGUAUCAUCUGUAUGGCCACAUUCAUGAAGGUUAUGGAAUGAGUACCGAUGGGACAACAACGUUCAUCAACGCCUCAAUGUGUACGUUGCGUUACAAGCCCAACAACCCUGCUGUUGUCAUCGACGUCCCUCUUCCUGACGGCCACUCGAAGGAGGAGCUGUCUGCAGUGUUCACUCCGACCUCACAUGUGGCAUGAUGUUAACCAUGGUGACCAAAUAAAUAAAUACUCAUUCCGACACCUUACUAGAGGAACCAGCAAGACUGGAUCAUGACCCCAUUGCCAGACAACCAAUGAUACCAUUAAUCGUGGCUGGUUCAUCCAACACCUCUGGUCCAUCCAACACCUCUGACAGCAUCUGGCUAUCACCAAUUCAUGGCUACCUCGCUUGUUACUGAAGAUACUCGCAGAACCUCAUUGCUGACCAAUUAGAACUUCACAGUAAGGGUAAUCUGCAAUAUUUAGUGCAGGAUAUGUGUAAAAAAUAGACAUAAUAUUGUGUAAUGUAUAUUUUAGGUGUUGUAUAAAUGGAAACAAUUUGUUAUGUCUUUUAUAAAGUUAUGUCAGUUUUAACACAAUUUAUGACUUUCACUGGUUCGGUGAGAAAUUCUUUGUGUGGAACAAAAGAACUGACAAUCAGGUUUCUAGAAUGGAUGUGUUUAUUGAAGUUUUCACCUCUGUGUAUAAAGGCACAUAUUGUAUUGUGGAGUUUGGUUGCACCAAUCACAACCUUUAGCAAGCUGAUAUGGAGUUUAUACCUCUAGUGGAAUAUUAUAAGUUAUCACAUCGUGUCGAGGGAAAUACGGGGUUUUAUCAGUCCCUCGUAAGGUAACGCAUUUAGACAACAUCAAACCAUACUAAAUGAUGAUAGCAAGUCUAUAUAAUGAAAUUUACAAUUCUUGAUAACUCUGAACUUUUAUUACUUCAAGUGAAGUUCCUCCUUGAAGGCUCCUUAGUUGUUUGUCAUGCAUGUCGGCGUCAUUGGCUGCCUUGAUGGCUGUGUUCCAUGACCCUGGCUUUGUCGGCAUCAUACCGGUGUCCAUGACUUCCACAGAAGUGUUGCUUUACAAAACUGUGUGCCUUAGUUGCCAGAAUGGUGGUGUAAGAAUCUCAUUUUGGAAUGUGAUCGGUACCACACCAGCGGUUUUCAACAAAGUGGCAAACAUCGACAAGAGUCACUGUGGACGUUAGGCUUCACCGUCUGAAGAAGGUACAGUUAACUUGCCAUGCAUAUGAAGGUGUAAUAGUACCCAUGUUCUGCAUGACUAUUUACUCAGAGGUUCAAUUGUAUUGCAAUGAGCCUCCGUCCAGUCAAAUAGACACAUGAGAACAAGAGCACCUACAUUUAACUCAGUAUUGGCAAGGCAAGAUUUACUAAUUGUAUUCUGUGAUAUCAAUUGUAUGCCAAGUUCUAUCCUUAAUGUUUUGUACAACAUUACAACUUUAUAAUAUCCUCCGUUAUGAAUACAUGACAGUGUGAAUCUCAUGCCACCUCUACAAGCAUCAGACAAACAUGGGCUAUAUUAUGCUGUAUGUUUGUCUCUGAUAAUAUGUUUGAAUAAAGUUUAUUUUUAUUUGA